CUUGUCUUCUUGAUGAUGCUGUAGGGAUGCAGCCGCCAGCUGCAUAAUAUAAAAGCACAGGAUACCAUAAAAUUUUGGAACGCGCUCCCCUGGAAAGCUGAAAUGUCGAUUGGAGGGGGAGACAAAUGUGCAGUGUUAAAAUACUCUUCAAUUUUGUCGAUGACGCUUAAAUAAUUCUGCUUCGCUAGGAGUUUGUUAAUACAAAGUUGAGUUGCGUUUUAUGGCGAAAAAACGAAUAAAAAACAUCACCUUGUAACCUCGGUCAGGCACGAACAAAGAGAUUGGAAAUAAUGCAACUGACGAGACGGACGCUGCAUUUCAGAUUUACUAUAUUCGAAAAUAACGCAUGCCGAUUUUAAUUUAAAGCAUCCGGUUAUAAGGAUAAGUUAGUCAAUUUAUCGGAAAAUAGUUAUAAUCUAAAUAAACUAUGACAAUGGCCAAUCCAGAAGGCACUAUUCUCUUUGCAAAGCUUGAAGCUUUGAAGGAUAUUAGAACGAAAACUAUUCAGUUAGAUAAAAUUAAGCAAAGAAUUUUUCAAGAAGUAGAAUUGACAGAGCAAGAAGAAAAAUGUUUGAUGGAGUACAAACAAGAAAUGGAUCUCUUAAUGCAAGAAAAAAUGGCUCAUGUAGAAGAGCUUAGACAAAUUCAUGCUGAUAUCAAUGCUAUGGAGUCAGUAAUAAAGCAUGCAGAGGAAGCUAGGAAUCGAGCUAGGGAAUCAGCUAAAAUCAUUCACAGUAAUGAUUAUCAGCCACUCAAACAUGACAUUGAUAGAAUGAGGAGAGACUAUUUAGGACUUGAAAGAUUACCAGAGCUCUAUGAAAUUGAAUCGGACAUAACUCCAGAUUACUUUGAUCGUCCAAUACAAAAAGCAGAGUGGCGUGUUGAUGUUCGUGGGGAGGAUUUACUUCCACCUAUGAAUAUGCAUUCGCAUGGUGGACAUCCAGGAACCAAUGCUUUUUUAGCACCUCAACCAUUGCAAGGAUCAAGUAAAGCAGAACCAAGACCUUUACCUCCUGCUCCAGGACCACCUGCUCCUACAUUUAGGCAACAACCUCCUCCAAUGAAAUCUUGUCUUUCAUGUCAUCAGCAGAUUCAUAGAAAUGCUCCAAUUUGUCCUUUGUGCAAAGCUAAAUCCAGAUCUCGCAAUCCCAAAAAGCCAAAAAAAAAAGACUAAAUUAUAUUAGCUAAAUAAUUCAUUUAAUCAUUCAUUUGAAAACAUUCAUGUUUAUCAUUUAAGUAUGGUAUAAUCACAGAUGUAUUUGAUUCAGUUGUUAGAAUCAUGCAAUUCACAUACAAAAUCCAUAGCUGUAAGAUGGUACAUUUUUACAUUUUUUAUUGUAACUUUCAAACAAAAAGACUAUAUUCAAAAUGCCUGUAUAUUAAUCUAUAUGAACUUUUUUAUUAAUGCAAAUAUA